UUCAGCUUCAGUAUGAGAAAUGGCUGCAACUCAAGGACUUGUCUCCCUCUGACUUGCAUGUGAGAACUGAUCUGGUGGGAAGGAAUCUAAAGCCAUCACCAUGGAAUUUGUAAUGAAACAAGCUUUAGGAGGGGCUACCAAAGACAUGGGGAAGAUGCUGGGAGGAGAAGAAGAGAAGGAUCCCGAUGCUGCCAAGAAAGAAGAAGAACGACAGGAGGCCCUUCGGCAGCAGGAAGAAGAGAGGAAAGCUAAAUAUGCCAAGAUGGAGGCUGAAAGGGAAAAUGUGAGGCAAGGGAUUCGGGACAAGUAUGGAAUUAAGAAGAAGGAAGAGAGAGAAGCAGAGGCACAAGCCGCUCUGGAAGCGAAUGCGGAAGGGAGUCUGACCCGUCCGAAAAAGGCCAUCCCCCCUGGCUGCGGCGAUGAGGACGAGGAAGAAGAUGAGAGCAUUCUAGACACCGUCAUCAAAUACCUGCCCGGUCCGCUCCAGGACAUGUUUAAGAAGUAAAUGGCUACAGACUGCCAGCCUGUCCAUGGACAGUAAAGCAAUGGAUUUCUCAUUGAUCAAAUGGGGAAUUUGUACUCGCCACACAUCACGCCACCUCUUCCCUCUCCGGCCCCUUCUCAUUCACUCGGGCCCCACUCCCCUACCCAUCCACCCUCUCCCAUCCAUUCCUUAUUUUGUACAUAUUCACAUCUAGUAGAUGCCUCUAAAUGGAUGUAAAGAUUAAUGAGCUGCAGUCUACACAACUUUUUAUUAUUAUAAAGCCAUAGUUCUACGUAUGUUCAAUAAAGUCAGGUGUGCAUUAAAUGAGAGAAAAGGGAUGAUAGCAGGCUUGCUUUCAUCCCCCAGCAGAGGGGGGGGGGGGAGAGGAUUCACCUACAGUGAAUGACAGGUGGCUUAUUAUUAUUAUUUUCUCUUUAUGUAUUGGGUUUAG